CGGGUAGCACAUGGGUUGCGCUUGGCUGAAGCCGGAGCUGUAGCAGGGGGGUAGGAUCGUGUCUCCCAUAUGUGCGGAGGGCUUGGCAGGAGGGAAGCAUGGAUGAGUGUGACACUGCCCCCAGCAAGCUUGUUAGUGAGGGCGACUUCGUGGUACUGAAGAGGCAGGAUGUGUUCAAAGCCGUGCAAGUGCAGAGGAGGAAAAAAAUAAUAUUUGAAAAGCAGUGGAUCUAUUUGGACAAUGUAAUUGGCAAACAUUAUGGCACCACAUUUGAGAUAUGCAAUGGAGGAAAUCUUCAAACAAAGAGGACAGAAGUGACUACAACAGAGAUGAAAGAAGCAGGGUCUGACAACCGCAACAUAGUGGAUGAUGGGAAAUCUCAGAAGCUCACUAGGGACGAUAUAGAGGCAUUAAAAGAAAAGGGAAUUAAAGGGGAGGCAAUCGUUCAGCAGCUCAUUGAGAACAGUGCAACAUUUCGAGACAAGACAGAAUUUGCCCAAGAGAAGUAUAUAAAGAAAAAAAAGAAAAAAUAUGAGGCAGUGAUUACAAUCUUAAAGCCCUCUACGCGUAUUCUGGCAAUGAUGUACUAUGCAAGGGAGCCUGGGAAAAUCUGCCAGCUGCGCUAUGAUACCCUCGCACAGAUGCUAACCCUGGGUAAUAUUCACGCCGGCAGUAAAGUCAUCGUCAUGGAGACGUGUGCUGGUUUGGUCCUGGGAGCUGUUAUGGAGCGCCUGGGAGGAUUGGGCUCGGUUAUACAGAUGUACCCCGGCGGAGGCCCCGUCAGAGCAGCAACAGAUUCUUUCGGUUUUCCAAAGUCCUUCUAUAAAGGUUUAUACGAGUUUCCAUUAAACAAAGUGGAGAGUCUCCUCACGGGGACAUACUCCUGUCGUACCAGCUUCUCAGAACUUAACCCGACACUCGAGAAUGAUGAGAGCGGUGAAACCCAGGACCUUAAUCGAGACAAUGGGGAGGACUCCAACUCUGCCACAGAAUCUGAAUCUGUCAUGGACACUAAUGCACAACAACAACAGGAGGGUGUGGAGGGCAGUUGUGAGGGAGCAUUAAGCAAAGAGAAAGCACAGAAAAUGGAAAAGAAACAGCUGGCUCUGGAAAGAAAGCGGAAACAGGAUGAAAAAAGACGGAAAGAAUCAGAAGCAGCCGCUCUGUUGCAAGAUAAAAACGCUGAUGGAUUAAUUGUAGCCUCGCGAUUCCAUCCCACUCCUCUGCUGCUCUCCUUGCUGGAAUUUGUUGCUCCUUCCAGGCCUUUUGUAGUAUAUUGCCAGUACCAGGAGCCUCUACUAGAAUGUUAUACAAAGCUAAGAGAAAAGGGUGGAGUAGUUAAUCUGAAGCUGUCUGAGACCUGGCUGCGGAAUUAUCAGGUUUUGCCAAACCGAAGUCACCCUAAACUGGUCAUGAGCGGUGGGGGAGGGUACGUACUUCAUGGUACCACAGUGGCAGCAGAGCGUGCAAAGCCAAAUACCAGCACUAUAGAGAAGAGUGAAGAACCUGCAACCAAAAAGAUGAAAGUCGAGGAAGAAGAGAGCUAACAUUAGAAAGACUAUUUCCCAUUAGGAUGGCCGGGUCAUUUCAGCAGAGCCAACCCCCGUUCUCUUCGAUUCUUUGUACAUUUAUACUAUGUAUAGAGGUAUAUUUCAGUUGACAUUUUUUUUUUUUAACUCUUUCCAAAUAUUCAAGCAUUUGGCUUCGAUUUGUGUUCAUGAAAAUAAAAGUCACAACUGCUUCA